GCUAGAGAAAAUGAGCGAGAUGCAGCUCUUUUCGAACGUCAAAAACCCUCGCCUUGCCCUACGGGGUCAAAAACAAUAACAAAUCCCCCCCGUGUCGUAUGAUUCAGCCUCGAAAACAAGGCGCAAGGGAAAGGAACAGAGUGUAGAAACUAAUUCCGCGCCCACCCCUCUUCCGUGUCACGAUCGAUUUGCGUUCUUUGUUUCCACUUUCGAUUUUGAUAAGAUUUGACGUGAAUUCGUUGUUUUGAUUGGGCCCUAUUUCUGUGUGUGCUUGCUGCGUCGUUAUCGCUGCACAUAAGCGUACGGGCCCUUGUUUGGCCCCAAAUCAGAACAGUGCCCAGAAGGAUAGUGAUCGCAAGAACGGAACAACGUAAAAGCUGCUCCACACAGCACAAACACACACAUACACCAUGGAACCGAACGACGGGGACGAGAAAAUCCCAUUAAAGCUGGCACAAAUAUCGAUCGACAAGUUUAACCAGACGAUACCACAGUACCUGACGGUGCUGCGAAACCACAAAUGCAACAUCGAAAAGGCAGGCUCGCUGAACGACUGGGAGAAGGUCAAGCGGGAGCAGCUGAACGCGACCCGCAUCGUCAAACAGAUCCGCUUCAUGCUGGUGGAGAUCGAUAAAGUGCGCCAGCGGUUGCGGGCCAGCGACUACGAUCGGUUCGACGAGGGCAUCGAGUCGACGAAGAAGGACGCAUUCAACAGUAUGGCCGAGUAUAUGGCGAUGCAGCAAAGCGUACGGGCACAGUCAGCCCGCAACUAUCAACGCUCGCAGUACGACGAGGAAGGUGGCAGCGGGGACGGUAGUUCCGAAUUUCCCACCGGUGGCCGGCUGGCCUACGUCCCACAGAUUACCAGCUCGUUCAACACGGAGGAGCACGAACUGCGCCAAAGGGAGGAGUGUCUGCGCCAGAUGGAAAGCUUGCAGCGCGAAAUGGAGGACAUCCAGGAGCUGUACCAGAAGGUGCACGAGCUGGUGCACGAGCAGGGCGAAACGGUUACCCGCGUCGAGGAGAACGUGGACGUGGCCCAGAUCCAGGUGGAGGCGGGCGUGACGGCACUGCAGAAAGCGCUCGCGUACAAGAAAGCCGUCUACCCGUUGGCUGGCGCCUUCCUUGGCUCGUGCAUCGGCGGCCCGAUUGGGCUGGUCGUGGGGCUGAAAGCGGGUGGGUUGGCCGCGCUUGGUGGCGGGCUGGUUGGGUUUGCGAGUGGCAAGUUCAUCAAAAACGUGGACGCUCUUCCGGAGCCCGAUGAGGCCGGUUCGAAUGAUAGUGCGACCGAGGCAACACCCGGCACGCCCACGGAACCGGGCGAAGCAGAACCGAUUGCGUCGAAAACAUGACAGUUGCUUAACCGGUGCACCAUUCAGUAGGUCAAACGCUGUCGAACACAUACUCACCCGUUAGCCGAUGUGUUACUUUUACCGUUUUAAUGUAAUGUGCUGACACACACAAUAGCCCCGGAACAAACGCUUUGUGCAUCACAAUGAUAUCCCCCUACAAGCACUAGAGUACGCUAACGUAUACCGCCGCCUGUCGUAGUCGUUGUCGUCGUUCUAUAGCCAAUAAUGGAAAUACAUCCACGUUCUUCGUGUUACUUUAACAAAA